CCUGAACCUGUUCUGCACGUUGAACAGACGUCCAAGAAAAUCCUUAGCCGGACGGUCAAAUUUUGAACCUCCUAUCAACGUCCAAGGGACGUCGUAGAUCGACGUCCAGAUAUGAACCGGAUUUGCACGUCGAGUAGACGUCCAGAUACGGUCCAGACCGACCGACGCAAUUUAGACUUGAUCUGCACGUCGUAUAGACGUCUCAUGUUUGUUGGGAAGACUGUUUAAAUUCUAUUAUUGCUUAUUUUUGCUUUUUUAUUAUUAUUAUUGCUUUACCUUAUUAACCAUAACCGUGGUGUUUUGCUGGAAAUUAAGCUAUUUUACAUUUUUACAUAACAGAGGGGAAUGUUAUUGAGUAAUAUUUUACUUUUAUGAGUCGUCCACUCCGUACAUCUUCUUCUGAGACAGAGCAAUUUUAAACACGACAAAAACGUGAAGUCUAUUUCCUAGAAACAUUGCCCCUCGGCGUUACAGUCAGAUGUCUCCAAUACAAACCCACUUGGGGGCCACAUUCCGCCGAGUUUAUCGGUUUCGGUAAUUCAGGAGCACACUUAUCUCACGAUGACGGUAAUGGAGGAAUUCAUCGAGCUGGCUUCCUUCACUCUGUGGAAAUGGUUUUAACAGGCACAGAGUAACACAGAGAAACUGUUCAAACGGAGAACUUGUGUUCGAUCUAUUACACAACAGACUACUACUUCUUUUCUUCUUUUCUUUUUUUUUUUUUUUUAAGCAAAACUGAGUUUUUUCUUUUCAAUUCUUAAGGAAUUUAACACUACACGCCACCAUGCCAAGCUCAACUAUUCGGAGACAGAUGAAAAAUGUGGUAAAUAACUAUACAGAGCCGGAGAAGAAGGUCAGGGAAGCGACUUCCAAUGACCCAUGGGGCCCCUCCAGUUCUCUGAUGUCAGAGAUCGCUGAUCUCACUUACAAUGUGGUGGCCUUUUCGGAGAUAAUGAGCAUGAUUUGGAAGAGGCUUAAUGACCACGGAAAGAACUGGCGGCAUGUGUACAAGGCCCUGACGCUGCUGGACUACCUGAUCAAAACGGGUUCCGAGCGAGUGGCCCUGCAGUGCAAAGAGAACAUCUUCGCCAUACAGACGCUCAAAGAUUUCCAGUUUAUUGAUCGGGACGGCAAAGACCAGGGCAUCAACGUCAGAGAGAAGUCGAAGCAGCUGGUCGUGCUACUGAAGGAUGACGACCGUCUGAAGGGUGAACGCUCUCAGGCACUGAAGACUAAGGAGCGCAUGGCGCAGGUGGCCACCAGUGUGGGCAGCAACAAUCAGAUCAGCUUCGGCCGUGGCUCCAGCCAGCCCAACCUCUCCACCAGCUACUCAGAGGAGUAUGGCAAGUCUGAGGGCUCACCUGCAUCAUAUCAUGGAUCCACAUCUCCCAAUGCAUCUUCAGAGUUGGAGCAAGCCAGACCUCAGACGAGUGGAGAAGAGGAGCUACAGUUGCAACUGGCUCUUGCCAUGAGCCGAGAGGCUGCCGAGCAGGAGGAGAGGAUGCGUCGUGGGGAUGACCUACGGCUCCAGAUGGCUCUGGAAGAAAGCCGCAAAGACUCCAACACAGGGAAAAUAGCCAAGAAGAAGAAAGAGCCUCCACAGUCUUCUCUGAUGGAUCUGAUGGACUCUGUUCUGGAGGGCCCUGCCGAUCAAACAUCAGACCCUUGGGGAGCAGGAGCUGCAGCAGCAGGCCCCGCCUCAGACCCCUGGCAGUCCUACGGUGCAGCCCCUAAGCCAGCUGCUCCUGUGGAUCCCUGGGGUCUUCCUAGUGCCUCUUCCUCAGUUGCUCCUCUGAAAAGCAGUGACCCCUGGGGGUCGACCCCGGCUCCUGCAGCUGCUGAUCCCUGGAGCCCAAUGCCUGCCACCCGCCCCAAAGCCCCUGCCACUGUGGGUAGCUUUGAUCUUUUCUCCACACCAAAUGGUACUUCCAGGGAGGACCUCUCUGAGUUUGACUGUCUUCGCUCCUCAGCAGUGACAGGUGAUGGUAGAGGAAGCUCUGCCUUGCCAUCGCAGACCAGUUUGUCUGUAGGCUCUGAUCUGUUUGACGUACCGAGUGGCCCAACCAGAAAAACUCCAGAGUCUUUCCUGGGUCCCAAUGCUGCGCUUGUCAACCUAGAUUCUCUGGUCACCAAACCUCCCCAGCAGGCUCCAGUCUCCAACCCCUUCCUUGGUGGAGUCUCGGGAGUAGCUUCAGCUCCUGCAGCUCAGGUCAACCCCUUCCAGGUGAACCAGCCACAGCCACCCACCCUCAACCAGAUGAGAGUCAGUCCCAUGAUGGGCCUGAGUGGACAGGGCUUCAGCAUGGCCCAGAGAAGCAACGAGCCCUUGCCUCUGUCCUCAAUGCCCCCAGCCGGCCCCAUCUCAGUGGUACCCAUGGCUGGCAUGGCUCCUCUCGGGCCCAUGGGCCAGAUGCCAAACAUGGGGAUCCCAGCCUCCAUGUCACUGCCCCAGCCGCUCAUAAGCGGAGGGCUGCCGCCCACAGGCGCAGCAACACAAGCCGGCGGCACAACCAACCCCUUCUUAUUGUGAGGCACAACAUUUGCCUCCCCGAAACACACAAAUCUCUCUCUCAUCCCCAUUCCUAUUGCAUAGACAAUGUAGUCUGUUGUGUUCCCCCAAACCUGUGUGCUAUUUUGAGACUUUUGGGAGUAGCAGUGGUGUUUACAGGUUUUACACUGGCAGGCGAUUCCCUUCCUCUCCUGUCAGAAAUUGGUACCAUACGAUGAUUUGGUAUUCAUUUCUAAAUUUCCUCAAAAGAAACCAUCAGCGAUACAGCAUCUAGGAGAUUUUCUUCCCGGGAGCAACCUUCCUGUUUUUAACUUCUUUUUUUGAUGGCUUACUUUUCUUAUCAGAGGCUUGAAACUAGAAGUACUGGUUCCUCUUAAUUUUUCUAAUUUCUAGUCUUUGAAAGCAGCGUGCUAGAUAAAGCUAACCCUUUUAAUCGAAGCAGCCUGUACGUUCUACGCAGUGCAUAUACACUAUGUGUAUUUACAGUACGCUUAAGUAGACAGUUUAGAGGACUCUCUAUCAGUUUACAUGGAAAUGAUUUUGAUGUUCUAAGCAGGGAUUUUGCACAUGCUCUGAUUUGUCUUCUUUUGACUGUCGGCCCACCGUUAGUCCUUAGCACGAGAAGCGAUGGGAAACCGUUCACUAAGACGUGAGUAAAGCCGAGGACUAGGAGGGAGUCUGUGAACUGCAUGUGUGAAUGGUUUCAAACCUGAUGCAUUGAAAGAUGAACUUCAUACUGAAGUGGAGAGUUGUUCUUUCUUCCUCUUCUUUUGUAAUGCAUGACGGGGAGUUGGUUUGCAUAUCAUAAUACAGCUCAACUUUUAUACCGAAGCCUGUUUUUUACUGCUUCACAAUCCC